GUUUCCGCAUUCCUCUCCCACAUUCUAGAAUCUUCUAUAAACCAGAACCCUCCAGACUUCUCUAUUCUCCCCCUUUUCUUUUCUUCCGCCUCAAUCUCACCAUUUCCAUACUUUCGCAUUAACUUUAGUCUGUAGCUGGUAUUUUCCAUCUGCUCUUCAUCUGAAAUGGCGAAAUACGGCGAAGGAGACAAAAGAUGGAUAGUAGAAGACCGUCCUGAUGGUACCAAUGUCCACAAUUGGCACUGGGCUGAAACCGAUUGUUUUGAAUGGUCCAAAACCCACCUCUCCAAUUCCCUUUCUUCACUCCCUAUUCUUUCUGGUGAAGGAAAUCUCUUCAUCAAAACGAAAAAAAUCGACAAAAUCGACGGUGAAGCUUAUGUUAACAUUCGCAAGGGUAAAAUCAUACCUGGGUAUGAACUUUCCCUUUCACUUUCUUGGGAAGGUGAAGCCAAGGAUGAAAAUGGUGACUCAAUCCUUAAAUCUGAUGGUAAAGUUGAGAUUCCAUAUAUUUCCGAUGAAAACGCUGAUGAAGACCCAGAUGUUAAAAUCACGUUUUCUGAUGAGGGUCCGAUUGGAAAGAGGAUUAAGGAAGCGUUUAUGGAAAAAGGUAAGGGUUUGAUUCUGGAGAGAAUUAGGGAGUAUGUGAAAACUAUGGCUAAAGGAGGGCCUUGUAAGGACGAGAUUGAGACUAAGAAAUUGUCUGUGAAGAGUAGUGGUGGGACCCAGAAAGAGGCAGCAGCUACGGAAUCGUCGGCAAAAAAGGUUGUGAAGAAGGAGGCGAAGAGCGAGGAUAGAAAAGGGUUUAGGACAAUAAAGUUGAGCGAGAAGUUUAGGUGUAGGGCGGUUGAUUUGUAUGAGAUUUUGAUGGAUGAGAAUAGAUGGAAAGGUUUUACUCAGAGUAAUGCUAAGAUAAGUAAGGAAGUGGGUGGUGAAUUUAGUAUUUUUAAUGGGUCAGUUAAUGGGACUAAUGUGGAUUUGCAGGAAGGGAAAUUGAUUGUUCAGAAAUGGAGGUUUGGUAAUUGGCCUGAUGGUGUUUUCUCUACGGUUAAACUGACAUUUGAGGAACCAGAAGCUGGUGUUACCAUUGUCAAGUUGGUGCAAACUGAUGUUCCAGAGGAAGACAGAUACGGAAAUGAAACUGUGGUUGAGAACACCGAGAGAGGUUGGCGAGAUCUUAUUUUCCACAAAAUCCGAGCAAUCUUUGGAUUCGGUCUUUAACAACUCGACUAAGGAUAUUCAUUCCUUUACUAUUUCUUCCUUGUUUAACACACGGUAUUUGCUAUUCGCUAUUGUUGUUUACGUUUAGCCAUGAAUGAUAUUUGUUGAAGUGGCUGGAUUAUCUGUUUGAUUAUUGUGAAAAUAGCCACAUGAAUCUUUGUCUUCAUUUAACAAGAUUUGUACUUCGAAGUGAUGAAGGGUUUUCCUUGUAUUUGUUCAACAACAAUUCUGCUCUUUUGUUUGUUUCUAUAUAUAUAUUGAGUGCGGCAUUUGCAGUCUGUUUAA